AUUGCAAAUCAGAUCUAAGAUCUCUUUCCGCCACCAACCAACUUCUUCACCAUCUCUUUCGCUCUUUAUAUACCUCUCUAUAUCUCCACUUCUUCUCCGUCUUUCAUUACCCAAACACAUAGCUCUCAACCCUUCUUCCCCAGCCGCCGCCGCCUCCCCAGAUCCUCUAUUUUCUUACUCUGCAGAUAUGGCGACUGAGGGAAUUCUUUUGGGAAUGGGAAACCCACUUCUUGAUAUCUCUGCCGUAGUCGACAAUGAGUUCUUGGACAAGUAUGAGAUCAAGCCAAACAAUGCCAUUCUAGCAGAGGAGAAGCACUUACAAAUGUACGAUGAUUUGGCAGCAAAAGACAAUGUUGAAUAUAUCGGAGGAGGUGCUACUCAAAAUGCAAUCAAAGUUGCUCAGUGGAUGCUUCAAAUUCCUGGUUCAACCAGCUUCAUGGGUUGCAUUGGAAAAGACAAGUUUGGGGAGGAGAUGAAGAAAAGCGUGAAACUUGCUGGUGUUAAUGCACAAUACUAUGAAGUCGACUCCACUCCAACUGGUACUUGUGCUGUUUGUGUUGUGGGUGGUGAAAGGUCUCUUGUUGCGAAUUUGUCAGCUGCCAACUGCUACAAAACAGAGCACUUGAAAAGACCCGAGAAUUGGGCACUUGUUGAGAAGGCCAAAUACAUCUAUAUUGCUGGUUUUUUCCUCACUGUGUCGCCCGAGUCUAUUCAACUUGUCGCAGAGCAUGCAGCAGCACAUAACAAGGUUUUCAUGAUGAAUCUCUCGGCUCCAUUCAUCUGUGAAUUCUUCAAGGAUGCACAAGAAAAAGUCCUUCCGUAUAUGGACUACGUUUUUGGAAAUGAAACUGAGGCAAGAACCUUUGCAAAAGUUCACGGCUGGGAGACGGAGAAUGUUGAGGAGAUAGCUUUGAAAAUCUCCCAGUUGCCUAAAGCAUCUGGAACACACAAGAGAAUAACUGUCAUUACCCAAGGGGCAGAUCCGGUAGUUGUUGCUGAGGAUGGAAAAGUGAAGCUUUUCCCUGUCAUAUUAUUGCCAAAGGAGAAGCUUGUUGACACCAAUGGAGCUGGGGAUGCCUUUGUUGGAGGCUUUCUGUCUCAGUUGGUUCAAGAGAAGCCUAUUGAGGAGUCUGUUCGUGCAGGCACUUAUGCUGCCAAUGUUGUUAUCCAACGUUCUGGAUGCACUUAUCCAGAGAAACCUGAUUUCUCUUGAAUCCGCCUCAUUCCAUCUCUACCGUCCAAUAAUUUUUCAUGUCAUCUGUCUUAAUUCUAAUUAAAUUUUGUGAAACUGAGGUUAUAAUAUUUAAGAUCCACUUGUUUUUCUUUAAUAUAUUUUUGCUGGUAAUGUCAGCACUUUGCGAAGAAUGUAGUUCUUUUUAUUCUAUUAUGUUUUUGUGUUGAGGGAUGAGUUGGUUCUCCUCUUCUACUAGUACUGUGAACCUUAUGUGAGUAAUGGACGGAGAAGCAUUAGUAUUAAUAAUUAUCAAUUAUUUUUAAUGUCUC